UACAGAAUGCUAAGGAUUUCGUGCCUCGGGCUUCAUGGUGUCCUUGGAAGAUACUCCACACACGCUUAAGUGGCGGUCUGAACACAAUGCUUCGUUGACACUCAGAGGCCCGGGACUGCCGUGGGUCGGGGAAAAACUGAACGCGUCCUCUGCCACCUGGCACGAAAUCGUCACAACAGGACCAAGGCACUGCGUCUUUGCCCCAUCACUCGGAGCCGACAAGAGCUGUGGUCCUGAGCAAUACCUCGAAGUGAAGACAGUCCAGCUUCUUGGGAGUUGAACUGUGACAAUUCCUCGUGUGGCUGUUACACACAGCGACUGAUCUCGCUGCGCUUGCCCCUGGGAGAAAGCAACAGCCUGUCCUGGUGGCCUGGCACAGCCACGGGCCUGCGAAUAGUUGCACCUGGACUCUGCAAGGUGCUUCAGCUGGAUGAAUCAGCCAGACGCCGUUGGCAUGAUCUUACUAUCCAGCCUGAAUAUAAUGGCACUUCAUGCAGUUUUGCCAGCACCAGUCUUGGAAAGUCCCUCGCCUGUAACCUUAAGGUUACAUCUUUAUCAACCAUAUAUAUUCAGGGUUCCAAUGCCAACGGCUGGACGCCAAGCUACUGGUCCUUCGGAUGCACGGACGUUCCACAGGUGUGCUUGGAAACGACGAAGGAUCACACUUCACCCACCAUAAUGACAUCAACGACGAAACGGAUGAACAUCACAGAAAGUACAAUGGUAGGCUCAGGAAACUGGCGUUCUCACGCGCAGAUAGUCAAUGAAAUCCGUGGCCAUCCCAUGUUUGACGGCAGACGCCGUUUACUGUUCAGGAAACCUUGGCAGCAGAUUAAUGACUACACUAAAUCUUUAUCCAGAUGGAUUACUGUCAGGCAUCCGUUAACCCGUUUGGUGUCGUGUUACCAGGACAAGUUUCUAAAUGGUUCGGAUUUCCCUGAAAGGAAAAGAAACGUCCUGCAAGAGUUCCUGUGGCCAGCACUCCUAAGCAAUGAUUUAGUUUUCAAGGAUCAAGAGUCAGACAUUUGGCAAGAGUUUCUACACAAGAGGAAAAAGUCCGUCGAGAAACUCGAUCCCGAGGACGAGCGAGCGCGCUUGAGUGUGACCUUCACGGAGUUUCUGAAUCACGUUGUCAACACGUUCGAAGAUGGCCGUAUUGACAGGCACUGGAAAACGUACGGUCUGUUAUGCUCGCCUUGCUUCUUUGAUUAUGAGUACAUAGCGAGGACAGAAACACAAGACCAGGACUUGGAAUAUAUGUUUAGCAAGUUUGGUUUUCCGUCGGACCCAUACCAGGCUGCAAAGGUCAAAGAAGAUAUCAGAACAAAAAUGGAAAGGGAUUUCAGGUACUAUGCCUCCGUUCCGCUGGAAUUAAAGUUGAAAAUAUACAAUAUCUACAAAGCAGACAUGGAGAUGUUCGGAUACGAUCUACCAGAAGACUUUUGGAAGGCACAAUGAUCAGAUGAGUUUUGUAUUAUCCCUUGGAAGUAACAUUUCGCAGUCAGGAGAAAUAACGUGCAGAAUAUGUUAUAUGAUUAUCUUAUUAGUAAUAAUGAUGUUCAUAAUGAUAACUAAUACUAAUAGUGCAAAAAGUAAUAACAUAUAGCA